UUGCCACCCUCGGGCGGUGUGGUUGCGUCUCUCUCUCUCUCAAUCUUGCUCACUUUAUGCUAACAGUCUCCAGACUCUGCUGCUUACCCCACCCGUUGAACCGCCCCCAAAACCCCGAUUCUCCACUGAUCUUCCAGAAACGUUUCUCUCGCUUCCAAAACCCGAAACGUUUUUAUCUCUUCUCCUUCAAAAAACCGCCAAUGCCGCCUCGUCCUCCUCCUCCUUCCCAUAUUGUCGCCGAGUACGCGAAGUCGGACCGGUCCUCGUGCAAGAAGUGCGCGAAAGCGAUCAUCAAGAAGGCUCUCAGGGUGGGGAUAGUGAGCCGGGACGCGCGAGGAUUCGACAUGACCAAAUGGCACCACUUGGAUUGCUUUCCGGUUGGAGCGGCCACGGUCUGCUCGGCCGAGGCGAUUAAGGGGUUCGAGGCUUUGCAGAGAAGUGAUCAGGAAGCGCUGGAGAAGUCGUUGGGUAGAUGUGAUGACUCCGUGGGUAAUGGAGAGGUUCAUAAAGGAGAUGACGAUGAUGAUGAAGAAAAUGAACUUAAAGAAAGGGAUGCAAAGAAAGCCAAGUUAUCUACAUCUGAUGGGGAAGCUAAUUUAGAUGUAGCCUUCUCAGUUUCCAGCGUGAAGAACAUGUACAAAGAUGCUACACUUCAACCAAAAUGGAAGGCAUUCAACACAAUCAUAUAUCUUGAACAGGAUGAUGGUCUUCACAAUUCAAACAAAAUUGCGGCAUUUGAUUUUGAUGGAACUCUUGCCAAAACAUCUGUGAAGAGAGUAGGUGCCGAUGCUUGGUCCCUUAUGUAUCCUUCAGUCCCUGAUAAGCUACAGAGCUUGUACAAUGAUGGCUACAAACUGGUAAUCUUCACUAAUGAAUCAAAUAUUGAGCGCUGGAAGAAAAAGAGACAGGUUGCCGUGGACUCAAAAAUUGGACGCCUCAACAAUUUUAUCAAGAAAGUGAAGGUACCAAUGCAGGUCUUUAUAGCUUGUGGGUUAGGUGAAUCUUCUGGUCAAGCAGCAGAUGCAUUUCGUAAACCCAAACCAGGAAUGUGGCAUAUUAUGGAGAAGCACUUCAACUCUGGCAUUUCCAUUGAUAUAGAUCAAUCCUUUUAUGUUGGUGAUGCAGCUGGGAGACUGAAUGAUCACAGUGAUGCUGAUAUUAAAUUUGCACAGGUAUAUCCUAUCUAUAUGAAAAAUAUUCAGUGUUUGGAUAUCAGCAAGGCUAGUAAACUAUCGGUUUCCUAAUAUGCUGUGGCCUGGAUCUCAGUCAGCAUUAGAUAUAAUAAGGCCGUCGGUUUGAAAUUUUAUGUCCCUGAGGAGUACUUUGUUUCGUGAGGAAAUUAGUGGCCAGUGCCUUCUGAAGGCUUAUCAUCAGUUUCUCGUUGGCAAGUAAAUAUUGGACCGAUUAGCCACGAUCUUGACUUUUAACUGUUUGUUUUCCCCGCACAUUUCCUAGUCACUUAUAUGUUGAUGCUUGUAUAAUUAAGUAGAACAACAGUUUCCCUC